AUGGCAAGUAUUGUUUCUCAGAUUCCUGGCCAAGCAAGAUGGCCUCUCCCAGUACUAUUCUUGUAUUUUGCUCCUCUGUUGCUGAUGGAGGGUUGGUGUCACGGAGCACCCUCAGGCCCAGAGUCGGACUCCUGCUCCACCUUAGUCCAGAGCCGCUUCUUUGGCUUCUUCCUGUCAUCAUCGGUGUUCCCCACCAUGCCUUGCUCCUGGACCCUGCAGAACCCCGAUCCGCGGCGCUACACCAUCUUCAUCAAGGUAACCAAACCCACAGAGGGCUGCGUGCCAUCACAGCUGCGCACCUUCCAGUACGACUCCUUCCUGGAAACUACACGCACCUACCUGGGCAUGGAGAGCUUUGACGAGGUGGUGAGGCUGUGUGAUUCCUCUGCUCCGGUGGCCUUCCUGGAGGCUGGAAAACAGUUCCUCCAAAUGAGGAAGGGACCUCCUCGGGCAGGCACAGCCAUCAAAGGUGGCGACUGGGAUUUCAAAACAGAGUACCUAGUGGUGGGGAAGCGCAACCCCAGCAUGGCGGCCUGUCAGAUGCUUUGCCAGUGGCUGGAGGACUGUCUGACCUCCAGCACGUCUAACAGGCCCUGUGGCAUCAUGCAGACUCCAUGUUUGUGCUGGGAGCCACCACCACAGCUCAGUGAGGGGGAUAGCUGUUAUCAUAAUGGAGUUUACCUGGAAAACUGUUUACCCAGCGUGAAGGAGAAUGGAAAAGAUGCUGAGAUAAAUGGUGGCUGGAGUGUGUGGGGUCAGUGGGCGCAGUGCAGCAGCGAGUGCGGAGGUGGGAUUCAAACCCGGACCAGGACCUGCCAGUCACCUCCAGAGGAGUCAUACUUGUGUGAGGGUGUGGUGGAGGAGGGUCGGCCGUGCAACUCACAGCCCUGCACUGGCAAAGGUCGCCAUCUCUCUCGCAGCCAGUCGCUUCGCUCGGUGGACAGCCGCAAGCGUGAUGACGUAGACAAGCCUCGCAGCGGACAGCAGAGCCCUCAGACAGUAGACUCAGCUUCAGGUGAGGAGUGGUCAGCGUGGAGUGUAUGUUCUGCCACGUGUGGGGAGGGCUGGCAGAGUCGCACUCGUUUCUGCGUGUCCUCCUCCUACAGCACCCAGUGUAGUGGGCCACUGCGAGAGCAGAGACCUUGCAACAACUCUGCUGUUUGUCCAGCUGCUCUGAUUGCAGUGCACGGUGCUUGGGACGAGUGGUCACCGUGGAGUUUGUGUUCGUCGACGUGCGGCCGAGGUUACAGGUCCCGAACCCGUACCUGCACUCCCCCUCAGUUUGGGGGAGAUCCCUGUGAAGGUCCGGAGAAACAGACCAAAUUCUGCAACAUAGCUGUCUGUCCAGUGGAUGGAGUGUGGAAUGAGUGGUCCAGCUGGAGCUCCUGCUCUGCCUCCUGCUCUAAUGGGACCAUGCAGAGAACCAGGGAGUGUAACGGCCCUUCGUACGGAGGCUCCGAGUGCAGAGGAGAGUGGCUGGAGACUGUUGACUGCUUCCUCGGGGAGUGUCCUGUGGAUGGCAAGUGGCAGCCGUGGUCUUUGUGGUCGGGCUGUUCUAAAACCUGUGGAGGGGGGAGCCAGCAGAGAAACAGGAUUUGUUAUGGGCCCUUCUUUGAGGGGCAGCCUUGUCCUGGAGAACCAGAGGAGGUCCGGCACUGUAAUGAAAAGAGAUGUCCAGAACCUCAUGAAAUAUGUGGCGAGGACAACUUCUCCAACGUCGUAUGGAAGAUGACUCCAGCUGGGGACACGGCGGCAGUGCGCUGUCCUCCCAAUGCCAUGGGGCUUAUCCUGCGCCGCUGCACUCUGGAUGAAGAGGGCAUCGCCUACUGGGAGAAUCCCACCUAUAUGAAAUGCAUUUCUAACGACUAUCGCAGCAUCCAGACUCUGACUCGGGAACAUUUGUCCAAAGCGCAACGCGGCCUCGUGGGAGAUGGUGUUUCAGAGGUGAUGACCAAACUGAGGGUGACGUCCAGUGAUGGGACCAGCUACAGCGGUGACCUGCUGGCCAUUGUGGACGUGCUAAAGAACAUGACCGAGAUUUUCAGGAGGGCAUACUACAGCCCCAGCAGUGCAGAUAUGAGGAACUUUGUGCAGUCAGUCAGCAAUCUGUUGAUGGAGGAGAACAGGGAGAGAUGGGAGGAGGCACAACUGCUAGGGCCAAACAUCAAAGAGCUGUUCCGUCUGGUGGAGGACUUUGUGGAUGUCAUUGGCCUGAGGAUGAAAGACUUUCAAGACAUGUAUGAAGUCACUGAUAACCUAGUCUUGAGCAUCCACAAGCGUCCAGUGGUCGGUCAUGCAGACAUCAACUUCCCUAUGAAGGGCUGGAGGGGUAUGGUGGACUGGGCCCGCAGCUCUGAAGACAGAGUCACCAUCCCCAAAAACAUCUUGUCUACGGGCAAGCCAGAUUCAGACGACUCCUCAACGUUUGUGACGGGCAUCGUUCUGUACAGAAACCUGGGCAGUAUUCUGACUCUGCAGAGGAACAGCACAGUCCUCAACUCCAAGGUUUUGUCAGUGGCUAUCAAACCCACUCCUGCUUCCCUCUCUGCUCCGGUUGUAGUCGAAUUCUCUCACCUGUACAACGGCACCACCAACCAGACCUGUAUAUCGUGGGACGAGAGCGACAGCUCCUCUCUGCUGGGAUCCUGGUCUGCCAGGGGCUGCAAAACCGUGCUAGUCGACUCAUUCAGAACCAAAUGCGUGUGUGACAGACUGUCCACCUUCGCCAUUUUAGCACGGCUAAAUCCCGAAAUGAACAUGGAUAAGACACAGCUCCCGUCUGUGACGCUGAUUGUGGGCUGUGGAGUGUCUUCACUGACUUUGCUGCUACUUAUCAUCAUCUAUGUGUCUGUCUGGAGGUACAUUCGGUCUGAGCGCUCAGUCAUUCUCAUUAACUUCUGCCUCUCCAUCAUAUCCUCCAAUGCCCUUAUUCUUAUUGGACAGACACAGACACGGAAUAAGGUCUUAUGCACCCUGAUUGCGGCGUUCCUUCAUUUCUUCUUCCUGUCCUCGUUCUGCUGGGUUCUGACGGAGGCGUGGCAGUCAUACAUGGCGGUGACGGGCCGCCUCAGGAAUCGCAUCAUACGCAAGCGUUUCCUGUGUCUCGGCUGGGGUCUCCCGGCGCUAGUAGUGGCGAUCUCAGUUGGAUUCACGAAGGCGAAGGGAUAUGGAACGCCAAGCUACUGCUGGCUGUCUCUGGAAGGAGGUCUUCUUUAUGCAUUUGUUGGACCUGCUGCAGCUGUUGUCUUGGUUAACAUGGUUAUUGGGAUUCUCGUUUUUAACAAACUGGUGUCCAAAGACGGCAUUACUGAUAUGAAACUAAAGGAGAGGGCGGGGGCUCUCCAAUCAGGAAAACAUCAGUCUCAGAAGCCCCCACCCAUGUCAUCAGUGAUUGGUCAGAUGACAGUGCCACUGUACAAUAUGACGCUCAAAUGUGCCAAGUGCGGAGUUAUCUCUUCGGCUGACGUUUCCACCACAGCUACCAGUAACGCCAUGGCGUCACUGUGGAGCUCCUGUGUGGUUUUGCCCCUCCUGGCCCUCACCUGGAUGUCGGCUGUCCUUGCCAUUACUGAUCGGCGCUCUGCGCUCUUCCAGAUCCUCUUUGCUGUCUUUGACUCACUGGAAGGCUUUGUCAUUGUCAUGGUGCACUGCAUCCUGCGCAGAGAGGUUCAGGAGGCAGUGAAGUGUCGUGUUGUGGAUCGGCAGGAAGACGCUAAUGGAGAUUCAGGAGGGUCUUUCCAAAAUGGCCACGCUCAGCUCAUGACGGACUUUGAGAAAGACGUCGAUAUGGCUUGCAGAUCAGGCACUAUGAAACGCUCAUCUCUCCAGGGGGAGGAGAAGGCCUCCUCCGGGACCCUCACCCUUCAGAAGGGCUCUAACUUUAACACCAUGCCGGCCAGCAUGGCUAAGGUUCACCUCCAGAACGUGGCCGACUACAACAGUCACACUUUGACGCUACGAAGGGAGAAAGGUGCCGCCAAGGGAAUAAGCACAGAGCUUCCAGGUGCCAAAUCGAUCUACAUCUGUGACAGCGAGCUCUUCAAGCAACUGGAUGGAGAGCUGCCUCGAGGGAACGGCGAAGGCAGCAGCUCGGAGGGCGCCGUUAAAGCCCCGGGAUACGUCAUUCUACCCACCAACAACACGGGCACCCUGAAGCCAGCCAAGGGGAAAGAAGAGCAGACGGCCAAGUAUAACAUCAGCAUCGAGCAGCUGCCUCAGACCAGGCUCAUCCACCUGGCUAACACUGCCAGCGGAGAGCCAGUGCCUGGCUUUGGGCUGAAGACCCUGCCUGCUGAGCAGGUCAGUGUGUCAUGCUCUGACAGAGACUCACCUGCACACAACCUGCAGAACAUGCCCAGAGACUCCCAGGUGGCCAACAGCAUGUGUGACGGGGGAGAGUCUGGAAAUUCUGGCGUGAUGUCCAAGAGUGAGACCGUCUCCACACUGUCCAUGAGCUCACUGGAGAGACGAAAAUCACGCUAUGCAGAGCUUGACUUUGAGAAAAUAAUGCACACCCGGAAACGCCACCAGGACAUGUUUCAGGACCUGAACAGGAAGAUUCACAGUGCAGACAAGGAUAGAGAAUCUCCACCUGUUGACGCCAAAGCUACCAAAAGAUGGAGUGUGUCCUCUGCCAGCAGUGACAAGACCAACAUGAGUGACAAGCAGCAGACCCCGAGUAAGAGGGCGUGGGAGGGCAUCAGGAAGACCCACUCUCCCCCAUCCUGGGUGAGGAAGGACCUGGAGACAGUGGCUGCCUCUCCUCUGGAGCUGCAGACAGUGGAGUGGGAGAAGACCAGCGCCACCAUCCCGCUGGUGGGCCAGGAGAUCAUGGACCUGCAGACAGAGGUGUGACCUGGGUUCUGGCCUCAUACCUACAACUCUCUUUUUUUUCCCCAAUGCCCUCAGACAAACAAGCAGACACAACACACACACUGCCCUGCUCAGUGCUUCUACUCUAAGGCUGGAUGAAGCCUACCACGGGAACAUGAGGGGGAAGCAGGGCGAGGAGGAGCCAGAAGCGUCACAAUAUCAGAAAAUCAAUUUAACCAACUAAAGAGAGAACAGGAACAGGUGUCUUUCUCUGUUGUUUCAUUUGAUGUUUGGACUGUGUUUUUGUCAGCAAAAUACUAGUCAUUUCCUUGUAUACGGUCUCAGAUACCACGGGAGACAGAUUGCCAAAGUAGCUGAUUCAGCUACUGUGUGUGCAUCAUGUAAUAAACAGCAUAGCAAAGGUAAUCAUGCAAUGUAUUAAAUGGUUACAAUGUAAUAAUCAUGAUUAUGUCUCUUUUUUCCACUGUUGAGAGUAUUGUUGCUUCAGCUCUCUCUUUCUCCUGACGAACGCUGAUGUUGUACACGGCUUGAGAUGCCUCUGGAUUUAUUUCUUUGCCAACAUCAAUCUCAAAAGGAAACGAGGGUUUGAGGAGGCAGACUGCCAAACAUACAUCAACGUCCUCCUCAGCGCUGUUGUCCCCCCCACACACCCUCCCUACUCUUCUACAACUCACCCCAAUCCCUUUGGCUCUAACUCUUUAUCCCCCUGACCCUGGCAGGGGCAAGGUUGGCCCAGCAACGACAAGCAAAGGAGAGGAUAUAAAAAAUUAAAAAAAAUUCGAAGACAUCACAUUGCCUACUCAUCGACAGACACCUCAGAGACGCCAGAGAGCGGGCCACUGGGCUUUGCACUCUAAUCGGUCCUCAACCUCAAUGCUGCCCACAGUGGGACAGCAUGGACAACAGAGUGUCCUGAGGGAGCCACGUGCAACAGACACGGGCUGUUUGGAUCAGUUUCUUGAUGUAUAAGCAAACUCGGUACAGCAAAGAUGUUAAGGAAGAAGGUACUUUUAUGUGCGUGUGUGUGUGUGUGUGUGUGUGUGUGUACGUGUGUGCGCGCUGAUUAAUGGAAGAUGAGUAAAUGACCAG